CUAUGUUGUUGAUCAUCAUGUCAACUCUGAGUCUUUGCAUUCUACUACUCAUCUCUUUAUCAGCUGAUAAUGGUAACGCUUCACCGAUUCCGACUUCAAAAUUCCUCCAGAAUGAAGCAGAAAAGCUCAUCAGAGACCUCAACUUGUUUCCUAAACUGGAUGCCAACAUUGUAGACGGCGAUCCUGCGGCGGCCCAUGCUCCAAGAAUCGUUGAAAAACGCCUUCGGUUUCCUCAAAUGGAUGCUAACUCCACCACAGUUGCAGAUUUCGGACACCAUGCUGGCUAUUACAGACUUGCUCACACCAAAGGUGCAAGGAUGUUCUACUAUUUCUUCGAAUCAAGAAGCAAGAAGACGAGUGCCCCGGUGGUGGUAUGGCUAACGGGAGGGCCCGGGUGCAGCAGCUCACUGGCUUUGUUUCAUGAGAAUGGCCCUUUUCACUUGACAAAAGACUACACACUUGUGUGGAACGACUUCGGCUGGGAUCAAGCAUCAAACCUGAUAUAUAUAGACCAGCCAACUGGGACAGGUUUCAGUUACUCUACGACCACAGAUGAUCUUCGACACACCUCAGAAGAAGCCGCUCUUGAUUUCUAUGACUUCCUUCAGGUCUAUUCUUCAUCCUUAAUUAAGCAGAAACACAAAAUAGAUAUAUUUAUUUGUUGCUCACAACUUUGUUAUAGGCUUUCUUGGAGAAACACCGCGAGCUCGCCGAGAACGACUUGUACAUCACCGGAGAGUCCUAUGCUGGACACUAUAUUCCUGCAUUUGCUGCUCUCAUUCAUCAAAGAAACAAAAAUAUUACUAAACAAGGGACUCGCAUAAACCUCAAAGGGUUAGCCAUUGGAAAUGGACUGACAAAUCCGGAGAUCCAAUACAAAUCGUAUCGUGACUAUGCUUUAAGCAUGAAAUUGAUCAACAGGGUUCAGUACUACCGCCUCGCCAGAUCAGAGAAAACCUGCGAAAUUAAGACAAGGGCUUGUGGUAAUUUAUAAAAUCUCCAUUAAUCUCACCACACUCUUUUCUUUGCCUAAAACGGGAAAUCGA